CGCCAGGCGACAGACGAACUGCGAGAGAAAUGAAAAUAGGUUUGUCUUCACAAGGUCCUUCCAUUCUUCCUGAAUAGGGUUUCAGAGUUUUCUUCGAGCAUUGUAAUAAACGCCCAGGAUUCGGAUAACACAGCUUGCAGUUGCACUAAAUAUUUACGAAGGAAUUCCUUUGCCCCCUCUCCCCAGACUAGAGUAAAGCUACUAGAGGUUGUAAGCUGGUGACAGGCCAGUCAGCCAUCCGCUCGACGGUAGUUCCCAGCUUCCACUCAUCAUUGUGUGCCCCGACUCCUGCUCUAAGUUGCCUGCCUGCCUUUCCCCGUAGAACCCGUGCCUCUUCCUUUGUCAGACAGCUGAAUGUGGAGUCGCUACGUGGCUUGGCAUUGACGACGACUAAAGUUUGCGCUCGAAUAUGGCUGCAAGCAUGGAGCCUAGUGUUCCAGUGCCGUCAUUCGAGUCUGUGCUUGUUGCUGUGCGUCGAGAUUGCGCCUCUUGGCUGAGGUCGUACGAACGUAUUGUGACUGCUUCCUCUUCUCAAUCUACCUUGAUCGGAGCUGCUGCUUACUCGCUUGUGUUCGCUCUGGCGAUGUCGAUAUUUCCGCGCACCGUGUUCGUCACUGUUGUGGCACUGCCGGUGUUUGUGUCCGGCUACUUGCUCUACCCGUGCACCUGGUCUAACGGCACGCAAGCGCCAGCUGUGGGCGAUGGCAGUGCUCCGUCACAGUCCGAGAGCACGGCCGUAGAGUCACCAUCAGCAUCAGGUGCCCGCGAUGCUGAUCAAGCCACGGCUGAGUCCGACCCAUGCUUGUUGCAGCCGCUGGCAAAGCUCUGCUACUGGCGCUAUUAUGUCAUUAACAGUCUGGAAGGCCUCACUGGGAAUGCGUAUGUGGCUGGCGUUGCCUGCGUCUUUAUUCUACCAUGUGUGCUUCUUAUCAUCUUACCGAUGCGUCUCCUCGUCUACCUGACAGGAUUGUAUCUACUGAUCUAUCCAUCCUGGAGGCACAACGCUAUGUGGCGCUAUUUGGAGCCCUACCUCAUACAGUUCCUUCAGAUGCAUGCUGGCAACCAAGCGGCGCGCAAACCAGCAGCUGACGAUCAAAAGACGGAGGUGCAGGCCGAGGAUCCCAUUCCAGCAGAAGCUGCAGACGACGAUUUCCAAGAAGCCUUGCGUAACGAACUGGACAUGGAUAAGAUGGAUGCAGAUGAAUCUGCUAUUGAAGGCGAUGGUGAUGAUGAUGAUGAUGACACUGGUGAUCUAGUUCAGGAUUCGUUAUUAGGACUUGACAUGGAGUCGUAUGUUCCCGUACAGCCUAGUAUACCUCAUAGCCAGCAUCACAUGCUGGGCAGUUCUGAUCCAUGGGACUUCAAUUCCACUGCAGAUUUGGAUGAUGAGUUUGCUGAGGGCCUAUCAUUCACAUCCCUGCAGCGCACUACGCCUGACUCGGUCGUCACUGAUGGUCGUCGUCGUCCCGAGUCCACGCCUGCGCCGGUGUCUAGUCUUGCAUCGUCACAAGGCUCGACGGUAGCACCGCUGCAGACCUCUCAGCUUGCAUCGACCGCUGAGGCAUCCGUAGCAACGUCGGCACUUACGUCCAGCACAGUAAUGGUAGAGCAUGAACAUGUCAAUGCGGAAGUGCCUUUACACGGCAGUGAUGUACACACUCUCACCGAACAUUCUUAUGCUAUCUCCACUCUCGGCGAACAUUCUUACGCGGUCUCCACUAGCAGUGACAUACACAGUCUCGGCGAACAUUCUUACGCUGUCUCCACUGGCGGUGAGCACGGUCGCUCUGUCCCGGUAGCAAAGCCAGAAGUCGUGGAUCACAGAGCACAAGCUCAGGAAGUUGACAGUGCUCAGCUCACCCAGGACAUUGCCGAUGCCACCUCCACUGAAUCUUACCCACACACUGCGUCCACAGAAUCUCACCCACACACUGCGUCCACGGAAUCUCACCCGCACACUGCGUCCACUGAAGCUUCCCCUCGAGUUCGAACACCGGGUGGUGAUGAUUUGUCCAUUUCACCCGACAUCUCAGACCAUCUGGGCGAUGCCAUUCAAGAAGCGGAUGCUGCUGCUGGUGCCGCUGCUGCUGGUGCUGCCUCAAAGGAUGAGGAUUUCGAACUGAUUACCAUGGAGGAUGCACAGAGCAUGCCGGAAGAAUCAUCUGUUUCCACUACCGAACCUCAGCCAUCAGCUCUUCAACAAGUGCCCGGCGGUGCGUAUGCAGCACAGACGGGUGCUUAUCUGAAAACAUGGCUAUCCGGCAAUCAGUAGUUUACCGCAAGACUGGUGCGGCUACGAAAAUGAACCAGCUCCGCCGUAAUCUCCUUGGCAGCACCAGGAAGUAAGUCACCAUACAAAGUCUUGCUGUUACAUACAAAGUUACAAACAUUUCAAGCAUAAUCCUUUUCACUUCUCCAGUGCUGACAAUGUGUGCGUGUUGCACCCCUGUGUAGAUAUCUCGCUGUGCAUAAUGUGUGUGUGUGUGUGUGUGUGUGUGUGUGUGUGUGUGUGUGUGUGUGUGUGUGUGUGUGUGUGUGUGUGUGUGUGUGUGUGUAGUGGUUGUGUAGUGGUUGUGUAGUGGUUGUGUAGUGGUUGUGUAGUGGUUGUGUAGUGGUUGUGUAGUGGUUGUGUAGUGGUUGUGUAGUGUGUGUGUAGUGUUUGUGCUGGUAGAUAUGUGGAUUACUUGUAGAUACACUAUUCCAAGUAUGCGUUAUGUGCUAUAUGAGCUACUGUGCGUGUGGGUAUUAGAAUUCCAGGCAUGGGUAUGUAUCUAGAUGCAAGUGUUCUUCCUUGUGCAAGGUCCCUUCUGCCCUUCCUUUCUUUCUUUCCUUCUUUUCGUGUGUGUGCUCUUGUUCCUACUGUGACCACCCUCAUACCGUUGCACUAUAUUCGGCAUCGCCAUUCCUGUCCUUUUGUUUGUCUUUGUUUGAAUAUCUUGUUUCGAAUCUAACAUUGCUUUUCUUCCUCAUUCCCUCUUGUCACCGUACAUUGUAUAUAGUUGUCACAUACCUGUUAGCUGCUAUGCAUCUGUAAGAUACACUUCAAGCAGAUAACAAUCACCCCUAUGCGAAAGGCCUGUUCUAUGACCGCUCUCAGUACUCCGUAUCAUGUCUACGUUAUUUUCUGUCAACUUAGGGCUGCUGCUGCUGCUGCUACUUUUACUGCUGUUACUGCUGCUGAUAUUGCUGAUAUUAUAUUCCACUCCUAUCUCCCGGUGUACCUGUGUGUGUGUGUUUGUGAUUUUCCUAAGCAGCCUGCAGUCUAUAUUUUACCAUGAUAACCACACAACUCUAUAUCUUCUCUAUCCUGCGGUGUGCACGACUUAUUUGCAAUUGACUUUAACCCAUCUUUUCUUUCCCUUUAUUGCUGCUGCUUUCAACUAAUGAUUUCUGAGAAUCUCUGAUUUCAAUCUUCUCUCCCUGCUAUGUGUGUAUUGCUGAGAUGAUUCCGCUCUAUCAAGCCCCCUCCUUUUUAACUACUGAAUGUGAGCGUUCCGUGUAAAGUGACUCAUUGCUUUGUUUGUAUCCGUGAACAGUUUUCUUAGGUUACGUUUGUGUCGUGCUGUCUUGCUCUGUACCAUCGUCAUCAAUCGCUGUCCGUCUUUCAGCUUUCAGCGCAAGCGACUCAUUUCCUGUUUCUUUAGUCGCAGCUAUGGCUUGCGUUAUCUCAUGGUUUCAUAUCUGUAUCUUGUACAAAUGUGUUUCCCGCACGGAGGUGGUGGGCAUGGC